CAAGAUUAUUCGCAGAACAGCAAAUGAUAUAGAUUGGCGGGACGUAUCUUCCCCUCCAAGAAUCCAAUGCAUUUGCACCGUUGACGCCGGGCGGAGCUCCAGCGGCAACCGGGCUUGAUCCCGCGGCCGGCAGGGCUCGUCCAAUAGUGGCCAUUACAAUGAGUAUCUUCUCUUCUCCUCUCUUAUUAAGUAUGAUUCUUAAGGUUUCUGAUAUGAUCUAGGACGGCCUUAUGAAUGUGACUCCUCCCGUCCCUACAGGCUGACGCCACCACGUAACCAUGAUCACAUACGUCUCUGACCUGCCUGAACCCAUAGCGCCAUGUGCGACCUUGCAAAGAUCCCCCAUCCAGCCAGCGUCGAAAAAGGGCUGCCUAUCUGUCAGGGGCUACGGAAAUUUCUGUCUCCCGGUCGCUGAUUGCGUGGGAUUGAUUGGGAUUGAUUGGGGCACUGACCCUACGGAAAUCAAUCCAACCGGACUAGCAGCAGCAUUUGCUUUUCCCCUCCGUCAACUUGCCCGCAUUGGAGGGAUGGCUAUUUUUAAACUACCGCGCUCGACUCGCAAAUUGCGGUCUGUCCAACGGGCGUGGUCCGAUAUGAAGGUGUGGUUGCUGCCCAGCUGGUCGGCAGCGGUAACGCCCAUCCACCAUCUGUUGCCCAACAACCCUGUUCGCGCUCGUGGCCUGGAGGUCAGAUAUCCAUGCCUUAUGGUUCCACCGGUUGGUUCAAGAAGUCAAGCUUGGUGUCGGGUCCCGGAUAGCUACCAUGGAUUCCCGACGGGUUCCUCCGCGCCAGUCCAUGGAACCGACCGUCCUGUCAGAUCAGUCUAUCUAUUCACUAUUGAUGUACGGUACUCUGGACAGACGAAUGCUGGACGCAGUAACUCUGUAGAUGGGAUAUCCCGGUGGGAUUUGGCAUGGCGUCCAGCCACGGAGUACGGAGUAGAGGCUGUGGAAAGGAUUGGCACUCUGUCGCCACCGUGCUAGGCACUCAGGAAUAUUAAUAUUUUUUACUCACGACUGAGCCACUUGUGGCAGCUGACCAUGACUCACAUUCCUUCGCCCGGAAACGUGAUCUCCUCGCCAUCCGGCAGGUUCCCACUGUAGGUACGCAGCCCCGGCUGUAAACGCCGCUGCGUGG